CGCUACGUCGGGUUGGGUUAAGGCUGCGCCUGUCAGUGAGGGCGGCGGGAUGGCGGCGCUUUAUGCUUGCACCAAGUGCCACCAGCGCUUCUCCUUCGAGGCGCUGAGCCAGGGACAGCAGCUCUGCAAGGAAUGUCGGAUUGCACACCCCAUUGUUAAAUGUACUUACUGCAGGACUGAAUUCCAGCAAGAGAGCAAAACUAACACAAUAUGCAAGAAGUGUGCCCAGAAUGUGAAAUUUUAUGGAACGCCCAAGCCCUGCCAGUAUUGCAAUAUAAUCGCUGCAUUUAUUGGUAACAAGUGCCAGCGAUGUACAAACUCUGAGAAGAAAUAUGGGUCGCCACAUUACUGUGAACAGUGUAAGCAGCAGUGUGCCUUUGACAGGAAAGACGACAGGAAAAAAGUGGAUGGGAAGCUGCUCUGCUGGCUUUGCACGCUCUCCUAUAAAAGAGUCUUGCAGAAGACCAAAGAGCAACGUAAACACCUGAGCACCUCCUCCCGGACCAGCCUGCCAGAAAAGGAACAGUAUGGCCGACUCAGUGGCAGCAGCCACUACAACAGCCAGAAAACACUAUCUACAUCUUCUAUUCAGAAUGAAAUCCCAAAGAAAAAACCCAAGUUUGAUGCCAUAUCAGCCAAUGGAGACAGCGUUCCUUCCUCUCCCGAGAUGCUUUGCCCCCCUAUCCAGAGUGCCCCGUCCGUGUUGGUGCAGUGGGCUGCUUCCCAACAGAGUCUCGGUGCCCAUGAUUGUCCUGUUUCUCACGGCACUGACAUCCUGAAUUUUUCUCCAGACCUUGCCUUAGACUCUCCUGGCACCGACCACUUUGUCAUCAUAGCCCAGCUGAAAGAGGAAGUGGCUACUCUAAAGAAGAUGCUGCACCAGAAAGACCAGAUGAUCCUGGAGAAAGAGAAGAAGAUAACAGAACUGAAGGCUGAUCUGCAGUACCAGGAAUCUCAGAUGAGGGUGAAAAUGAACCAAAUGGAAAAGACUCACAAGGAAGUCACAGAACAAUUGCAGGCCAAGAACAGAGAGCUCCUGAAACAAGCUGCAGCUUUGUCAAAGGGCAAAAAAACUGAGAGGUCGGGAGCAAUAACCUCCCCUUAAACACAGUAUGGGAGGUCUUUCCACACUAAGGUGGCAAACCCAGCUGGUUCAGUUGGAAUCCUUCCAGAACCUCACUUGGAUUGUUAUUGUGAUGGAUGCCAUGGAAACCUCUGUGGGUGACCAUUCAGUAGCAUGCUUGAAGUGUUGGGGGUUUUUAAUAUCUGGCUCUCCUCUCCCAGUACAACGAUGAGGAUGGCUGGGGGCACUUUUUCCACUGCUCCUAUCCUUCCCAGCCCAUCAACAAACACUUUCAAUGUAAAGGUUUUCUUCAGUUUUAUUAUCGCUGCCAUCAAGUCGGUGAGGUAUCAAGAUGGGAUCCUCCAUGGACUUCUGUUGCUGUCGCUCUUUUUUCCCCCCCAAGGCAUUGUAACAUCCUGCUUGGGUGUAGCAUUUUAAAGGGAAAUAUUUAACCUGGCUUACUCCUAGAAUGCUUACCUCUGGCUCUAGUAUGCAGAGCACCUUGAGACCCUUUCUAAAAUGUUUCCCUUAGGUCUGUAGAACAAGGGACAUUGAAUCAGAUGGAGGUUUAAAUUAGCAAACGUCUAUCAAAUUCUAGAGGUUUAAAGGCUCUUGGCAAACUAAUUGGGGACAUUAUUUGGAGGGAAGGGGGUUCAUUGAUUGAGAUUUUACUUAUUCUGGUUUUUUUUUUCAUUAUUAUGCUAACUUAUAUUCCAUUAUUUACAAGGGGGGACCUGCGGAUUCUUUGCCUGAUCAAGAUUUGACUGCUCUCCCCCCUCUCAUUUUUAUCCCACUCUGUCUGUGGAAGUAUUUUAAUAAGAUCAGUUGCAGUUUGAGGAGACUCCCAAGGAAUGUGGUGAUAAUUGGGUAGUAGCAAGGCACAACUAUGCUGAGUUUCUAGGAAGCUGGGCAGAGAACAGCCACCAUCUUUUCAGUUAACUUAACGGCAGUACAAAAGGAUUUGGGAGACUGCCAGGAAAGGUGCUAGUUUUGUUCUCCACAAUGAUGGCUUCACAGGAGAAGGAGGCUGCUGGGAGUGCCAGUAAGGUCAAAAGACUCCUAUCUUAAUUAGUGGGAGAGAUGAGAUGAACUGUGCAGCUGUUUGAGCCCUGCCCCUCAAGGCAUCUCUUGGGAAAUAGCAAGUGUUCAAAUGCAGUUGAGAUCAUGGCAAGUAGGUAUCUGGCCAGCUUGCUUCUUUGUACAGAGCCCAGUCAGAAGAGAUGUCUCAAGGGGAAAGAAACACACACAUCCCAGACACACACCUAACAGCAACCUGAGAUGGUGUGAUGCCAACUUUCUGUAAGAUAAAGGGACAUCUGCUGCAGCUUGAGUUUUAUGGAUAUUUUAAAAUAUAUACAUAUAUAUAUUAAAGAUGAUUUUCUUCAAUAGCACUUUGGAGACCUACAAGCCUUGAAGGCGGAGGAAAGGAUAUUGAAAUGAAUGCUCUGCUGUGGGUUAUUUAUUUUCUAAUCUUCUUUUUGCUGUAUUUGAAAGACUUGAUGAGUUAAGAAUCCAUGCCACCGGAAGGAGUUGUAACAGCAGAAACCUAACUUUUAUACUCAAAACAUUUUUAGGGGGGAAAAAGAAAUUUUAGUGGGAUUGGUUUUUAGCAUCCUUGAUCUAUGAAAAAUAAAGACAAGGAGAAGGAUUUUUUCUGUAAAUAGUGUCUUUUUUCUUAACUGUGACAACUUGAUCAUGCAUUUAAGUGGGUGAUUUAUAGUGAUGCUUUUUUUCUUUCUAUAUUUGUAACAUUGGCGAUCUUAAGAAAGAGUUGCAUUGAUUUGUACAAAUCAUGUACAAUGAAAGUGGUUUGGGGGAGGUGAGGGGGGAAAUAUUUUGGUGGUUUCAUGUUUUGAUAUUUUGUCUAUGCCUUUCUUGGUUAAGUCAGCAAGGAGAAACCAUUUCCCCCCCAUUGGUUUGGGCCUGAUCCAGGUACAGGCCGUCAGCGCAAAGCACAAAAAGCUUUUGGUGCUAUUGUGGAAUUUGAUGUAUGUAGAGGAUUAAACGGUAUUUUCUGUUAUGAAA